ACAGAUUCGAACGAAUUGCCUAACGAUUCAAUUUUUCAAUUCACGCGAAGGUUAUCCUGCUCCGCUACAGAAGUGCCGCUCCACUCGGAACUGGAGCCCCGGGGAGAAAUUUCACAUAUAUAUAAAGGUCACAACGGCCGCGAAAUCACACAUCCACUAUCUCACUCACUGAACGUCAUGACAAAACGCAUCCUUUUUGUUUUCACAUCUGCAAACCAAACUUUGACAGGUGCCAGCACGGGAUGGUACCUUCCUGAAGCCGCUCAUCCUUACUACAUUCUCGCCCCUUAUUUCACUAUCGAUUUUGCCUCUCCUGCGGGUCCUAAUCCACCUGUGGAUGAAUACAGCGUCCAGACGUUCCCAGACGACAUAGGCAAAUUCCUCAAAAACUCCGAGGUCCAGAAGAAGCUCUCGGCCACUAAAAAGCUCUCUGAUGUUAAUCCCGAUGAUUACGAUGCGAUUUUCUAUGUAGGGGGCCAUGGUCCUGUCUUGGAUCUGGCAGUGGAUCCUGUCAAUAUCAAGUUUGCAUCUGAAUUCUACCGUACCGGAAAAUUGGUCGCCGCUGUUUGCCAUGGACCAGCUGCCCUUGUUGGCGCCACUGACGAGUCUGGCAAAUCCAUCUUUGCUGGAAAAGCUUUCACUGGCUUCUCAAAUGUCGAGGAGGAGCAGGUCGACAAAGUGAAGGAUAUACCGUUCUUGUUGGAAGACAAGAUCUCCAGUCUUGGGGGUAAAUACGAGAAAGCAGCAGAACCUUGGGGGCCCAAGGUCGUCGUUGCUGGUAACCUAAUCACCGGGCAAAAUCCGGCUUCAGCUCAUCCCAUUGGAGAGGCCAUUCUCCAAGCCUUGCAGAAAUAAGUGGAAGUAGAGUCGCUCUGAAAACGGUCUUUCAAAUGAUCACUUGUGCCUUGCAGCAUGAGCAGAUGCAUGAGAAUAUUAAAAAUUAGUACAAAUUUUCGCGGGUACGACCUACA